AGGCGAUAGGUCAAAAAAAUGACCUUCCAGAAUGUUUACACUUUUGGACUAAGAGGAUUUUGAAACGUCCAGAAAUGAAAAAAAAAACAAGUGAAAAAAAAUUACUGAAAAUAUUAAAUAUCUACGACUAAGACAAAUGCAAAGGGAGCUCGAGAAUAUCUAAUUAAAUCAAGUAAAUAACUAAACAUUGUGUUCUAAAAGUUAUAUUUUUCAUUAAUUAUAUUUAACGUAAUAAUUAAAAAAACGUCCAUAGUUACGAAAUAAUAAUAAUAUCUAAUGAUAUUAGUCUGUUUAAAUAUUUUCCAUAAAAUUUCAAUAAGUAUGUGUGAAGAAUUGAAUACAUCUAAAAGUAUGCAUUUUGCAAUGCUGGGUGAACAUACAGCCGGAUUAUGGAAAUAUAACAAGAUGACUGAUAUAGUAAUUCAAGUCAAAGAAAAUUGCUUUUCUGCCCAUAAGGCAGUUCUCACUUGUUAUUCUCCUUAUUUUAAGAAAUUGCUUAUGGAACCAUCCAGAAAUUCUCUUAACAAAAUAAAAUUGAAAUCUGUUACUCCAAAAGCUUUUGAUACAUUAUUGAAUUACAUGUAUACUGGGGAAUUAAAUUUAAAUUGUCAAACUCUGGCAGAUGUGUAUCAAGCAUCCAAAAAGUUAGAAAUGUAUGAAGUUACCGAAAAGUGCAAUUUGUUGUUAAUGGAUUCUGAUAAAAAUACCACAAAUCUUUUAUACAUCUACGUAACGGCAAAAAGAUUAGGACUUCGUGAAACGUGGCAACGAGCUUUAAAUUCUAUGGCUAAAAGAUUUGAAGAGGUAAUAGUCUGUAAAGACUUUGUCGAAUUGGAUAUUGAACAAGUCUGUGAAUUUCUUUCCGUGGAUAUAAUUGGUGCCAGAAGUGAAGUAAUUGUAUUUCUGGCUGCUUUAAAAUGGCUCGAUCAUAACUAUCUGGAAAGAGAAAAAUAUAUUAAACAAGUGAUGGAUAACAUCAGAUUUUCUAUGAUGACUUUAGAAGAGAUAGUAGCUUGUUAUCAUCCACCGAUAUUGCCUGGUAUCAUAGAACAUGUGUUCGUGAGAAAUCUUAUAACCGAUGCCACGUGUUAUAUUUCGGCAAAGAUGUGUGGACAGGUUACAAAAUUUACUGAUUACAAUAACAAUCCACGACGUUACCUACUGAGCGACCAUCCUUUAGAACUAUGGAAUACAUCUGAGUAUGAUGUUACUUGUGAAACAUUAUGGGGAAAGAAAACAAAAGCAGCAAAGACGAUUCAGUCGUAUUUUAAACGUUAUCUUUUCGCUAAAAGAUUUAACAAAAGAACAAAUGAAAUUGUAAAAAUUCAAGUAGCAAGUCGCAGUCAUUUACUCAGAAAAAGUUCAAUAAAUUCACAGAAUUUAGAGGAUAUCAUCAAACAUCAAGGAGAACGUGUUUCUGUUUUAAGAUAUCAUCCUAUAGAAAACAAAUGGGAANUUGUAAAAAAUAGUAAUGGUCCUGCUGAUUGGUCUAAAAGAGUGACUAUAAAUUUGAGAAAAGUUACGGGACCGAUACAACUAAGAGAAACUCCCGUUUUAUUAACUAUAGGUGGAAUGAAUCCAACUCAAUUGCAACAGAUGGAGUGUGGUGUUUCUGUUUUAAGAAUUAGUGAAGUAAUUGUAUUUCUGGCUGCUUUAAAAUGGCUCGAUCAUAACUAUCUGGAAAGAGAAAAAUAUAUUAAACAAGUGAUGGAUAACAUCAGAUUUUCUAUGAUGACUUUAGAAGAGAUCGUAGCUUGUUAUCAUCCACCGAUAUUGCCUGGUAUCAUAGAACAUGUGUUCGUGAGAAAUCUUAUAACCGAUGCCACGUGUUAUAUUUCGGCAAAGAUGUGUGGACAAGUUACAAAAUUUACUGAUUACAAUAACAAUCCACGACGUUACCUACUGAGCGACCAUCCUUUAGAACUAUGGAAUACAUCUGAGUAUGAUGUUACUUGUGAAACAUUAUGGGGAAAGAAAACAAAAGCAGAAAAGACGAUUCAGUCGUAUUUUAAACGUUAUCUUUUCGCUAAAAGAUUUAACAAAAGAACAAAUGAAAUUGUAAAAAUUCAAGUAGCAAGUCGCAGUCAUUUAUUCAGAAAAAGAUAUCAUCAAACAUCAAGGAGAACGUCUCGAACAUUCAGAAAAAAAAUCGAUUUAAUCGAUUUGAAUAGAAUCGAUACUUUAACAAUGGAUGCUUCAUUGCAAAUGAUUGUAAAAAAUAGUAAUGGUCCUGCUGAUUGGUCUAAAAGAGUGACUAUAAAUUUGAGAAAAGUUACGGGACCGAUACAACUAAGAGAAACUCCCGUUUUAUUAACUAUAGGUGGAAUGAAUCCAACUCAAUUGCAACAGAUGGAGUGUGGUGUUUCUGUUUUAAGAUAUCAUCCUAUAGAAAACAAAUGGGAAAGAUGCUGCAAGUUACCAUUGCCACGCCAUCAUAUGGCAGCUGUUUGUUUAAGAGAGAAUAUUUUUUGUAUUGGUGGAUGCGACUUGAGGGAAACACUAAAAGGAAAUAUUGUAUCAACGUCAUCGUGUUUUCGAUUCAAUUACGUAAACGAAACGUGGAAUUCUAUGAAAUCUAUGCAUCAUUGUCGUAUGUAUCACGGUGCUGCAGUUUUGUAUGGAAUAAUUUAUGUUGUUGGAGGAAAAAAUGAAAACAAGCAGUUAUUGUCAUCAAUAGAAUGUUACGACAUUAAUACAGAUGCUUGGUUUGAGUUAAAAUAUCCUCUGAAUUGCCCACGAGUUGGUAUGGGUGUAGCUUCUCAUAAUGGUUUACUCUGGGUCGUCGGAGGAAUGAUACACUUAACAGAAGAAAACAGAGUUUAUAUUGUCAGAGAUAUCGAAUGUUUUGAUCCAAAAACAAACCAUUGGUCAUUCAACGUUGCAAAAUUACCAAUGCCGGUAACUUUGAUGGGUUUAGUGGAACACGAAAAGAGAUUAUAUAUCAUAGGAGGAUCGGGGAAACGAAAGAAUCAUAUCUGUAGUUUAACAGAGGUAUACUGUUAUGAUGACGAAUUGAAUGAAUGGAAAAAAUGUACCCCGUUACCUUCUGCAAAACACGGAUUGGUUACAACUUCACUUGCCAAAAGAAUAUAUGUAAUCGGAGGUUUAUCAUCUUUUCAACAAACAAACCACUCCGAUUUUAUCUGUUUAGAAAGCAUGAAAAAGUCAUGGUUGGCACGUGAACCAAUGCCAUUUCCUAUUUGCGGGACAGCUGUUGUUACUUUACCAACCCUUAAAAAUUUUUGAUAGACGCAAUGUAUAAAUUUUUAUUUUCUGCAUAAAAAUAAAUCUUGAAAGACAACAUCUAAAGUUUACUUUAUAAAAUUUUA